GGGACCUGAAUGGAAACCUCUGAAGGUAAUAAAAAACUGAAGAGAUUCUCUCAAGAUAUGAGGAAUCACUUGGGGGUUUUCAACUUUCUUCUUUAAAAAGAUGUCACAGUAUUAUGCAUAACACCUAAACAGACAGAUAAAGUUGUUUAUAUGUUUAUUCUAAACAGUGAAAAGCAAUGCUUUGUCUCCACUUUCAACCCACUUGGAGCAGGCAUUAGGAGCAGGUGUGAGGCAGAGGCUGUAGGAUGGCAGAGGCUGUAGGAUGGCGGAGGCUGUAGGAUGGCAGAGGCUGUAGGAUGGCGGAGGCUGUAGGAUGACAGAGGCUGUGGGAUGGCAGAGACUGUAGGAUGACAGAGGCUGUGGGAUGGCAGAGGCUGUAGGAUGACAGAGGCUGUAGGAUGGCAGAGGCUGUAGGAUGACAGAGGCUGUGGGAUGGCAGAGGCUGUGGGAUGACAGAGGCUGUAGGAUGACAGAGGCUGUGGGAUGGCAGAGGCUGUAGGAUGGCAGAGGCUGUAGGAUGGCAGAGGCUGUAGGAUGACAGAGGCUGUGGGAUGGCAGAGGCUGUGGGAUGACAGAGGCUGUAGGAUGGCAGAGGCUGUAGGAUGACAGAGGCUGUAGGAUGGCAGAGGCUGUGGGAUGACAGAGGCUGUGGGAUGGCAGAGGCUGUAGGAUGACAGAGGCUGUAGGAUGGCAGAGGCUGUAGGAUGACAGAGGCUGUGGGAUGGCAGAGGCUGUAGGAUGACAGAGGCUGUAGGAUGGCAGAGGCUGUAGGAUGACAGAGGCUGUAGGAUGACAGAGGCUGUAGGAUGACAGAGGCUGUAGGAUGGCAGAGGCUGUAGGAUGGCGGUGGGCUCCACAUCUGACCCCCAGAAGAACUUCUAGUGGCUUCUUUAAUUCUUUUCUUGCAUGACUCUUGCAGAAAUGGAGUCCUCUGCAUUCUUUCUCCAUUAGACCUACCAAAUGUUCCAGGCAUGGCACUUAUGUGUGCGCUCUUGAUAGCCAAUCCCCUGUCUCAGAGCUAGCUGUAUAAAUGGGACUCUGAGAUACAGGACACUGUUGGCUGUUAGCAGAGAGCCACAGUUUGAUGUGGAAGUAGCUACGUGACCAUAUGCCUGGAGAAUGUGUCUGGGAGCCUGGGAUUUCAAGGACAGAUGUCGUGUUCUCAUGCAGAGCCCUCUGUGUUCUCUCAUUGAAACUCACAAAUUAGUGCUAUGUUGUUUUGAUUUCAAGAAGAAAUAUGGAAUAAAUUAUGGCUCAGUGGGUCAAGUCCAUAAUUGAUUUAACAAAAGCUACCAAGCCUCAUAAAGAGCAAAGAGAGGGUUUGAACUCAGCUCUUUCUGAAUCCUAAACCAGAAGAAUGCUUCCUGACAGCACAGUGUAGAGAAGUGUUCACCCCUCAUUCUCUGGUUCAGGACACAUAGUACUUCCCUUAAGUGUCUACCCUGUACCACUGAGCCUGUGGCUAAUACAUGGAGAUAAUUUAGAGUAGACACUGGUGGUCCUUAGUAACUUAGUCGGAUGGUAGUCCAUUCUCUCAGGGUAGUAGGACAGUAAAAAAUAGGCAUUGGUGUAUCUGCUUGCCGGUCAUUUGUCCUGUGGAUGAAGUUGAUUUACUAUCCCUUGGCAGAACAUGAGUGCAUGUCUGCAGAUCUUGUAGCAGGUAGGUGGUCUCAGGCCUGUCUCAGCUUUCUCUGCUGGGCUCUGGUAUCUACCAGCACAUUUGAAAGACACAGUGACAGGUAUCUUCAUAGAGUUCACCCUGGGGACAGACUAAUUGUCCUAGUUGAAUUCCCACAAUAACUGAGGAGAUAAAUUCACUAUACAAUUUGAAGUCAUCUUGAAAAUGUCACAGGUCACUCCUGGGUAUGCCUUGAGGUGGCAGGAAAUGGCCAAGACUACACGAGAUGUUAUGUUUUCCUUGAAAAAGGUGUAAGAAGGAGGCUUGUUGGAAAAGGUGACUGAUCACUUGGUCAUUGCUGGUUUGUACUCAGUGGUAAUGCCUCUUCCUGGCUAGCCACCAUGUUUCCACAUAUCCAGAAAUCAAAGUGGGGUACCCAUGGGGUGGGUCUUGUAGUGGGUUGAGCAGUUGUCUGCAUGUCCUGUGAACACUGAAACCAAUGUCUCAUUUCUUUGUCUCCCUAAAGAGUAGGUAAAGUGGCAUAUGUAGAGCUGGGUCCCUCCUGGGUACACUUUCCCAUAAGCCUGUUUGCUUUAAAAGUGUGUGUGUGUGUGUGUGUGUGUGUGUGGCGGGGGACACACUUAUUAAAGGUCAGAGAACAACUUUCAGGCAUCUGUUCUCUCCUUCCAACAAUAUGGGUCUCUUAGGAGGCAGUGUUUUUGUCCAGUGAGAUAAUCUCUCCAUCUCAAGCCUGUUUACUUCUCCUUUUAUAGAACAGGGAGUGAGAGAAUUCUUCAGGCUACUGGUUUUCCAGCAACCCUGUUGUCUGCUGUGAUAAGACCAAAGGCAACUUGGGGAGGGAAGUGUUUAUUUCAGCUUACAUUUCUCAGGUCAUUCUCCAUCACUGAUGAAAGUCUGGGCAGGAACUGGGAGGCAAGAGCUAAAGGAGAUCCAUGAAGGACACCUCUCUUGGCUUGCUCAGUCUGCUUUCUUACACAGCCCAGGACCACCUGCCCAAGAAUGACACCACUCCUAGUGGGCCGUGUGCUCCCACAUUAAUCAUUGAUCAAGAAAAUGCUCCUAGAGUUGCUUACAAGACAAUCUGAUGGAGGGUCCUCUUUCCUAAUAGCUCUAGCUUGUGUCAAGUUGACAGAAAACCAACUAGGACCCCCCCCCCCCCCCCAGUGUGUGGGUGUGUAUGUGUGGGUGUGUCCGUCUGUCUGUCUCCCAUGUGGCAGAUGUUGAUAUUGGGUAUCUUCCUUGAUUUCUCUCCACCUUGAGCCACAGUCUCUCUUUUACUCCAGAGCUCUGAUUUGGCUACUCUAGUGAUGCAGCUUGAUUUCUUAUGUGUUGGGUUACAGAAGUGGCCACCACUCACCUCCUCCCAUAUUCAUGUGGGUACUGAGGAAUUCAGACUCAGCUCCUUAGACCUCCAGGGCAGGUGCUUUACUCACAGUCACCUCUCCAGCACCAAAACACAUGUCUUAAGCUGGAAAUCGUAGGGAAGCAAUGACCUGAAAUAGUAAAGGUGGAUCUGACUGAAACCCACACUCUCAAACCCUUCGUUCUACUUUGUCCUUUGGCUGUUCUGUGGAAUACUGAUUGGGAAAUUGCCUUCACCAUCCCUGCCUCAGGCAGAAGGCCAAGGAGGCCACUAAUCCCAGGGUGUUUUUUAGUCUCAAUGUUUCAGUUAUAGUGCUGGUUCCUGACUUGUCUUUCCCUGAGCAGAAGACUCAGAGAGGUGACUGUACCUCCCUCCCUUACCGCAGUCUCAAUGCAUCGUCCCUUGGUGUUCCUGUCAGUUCUAAAGGUCAGCCGCUCCUCCUGGCUGCUUUUCAGAGGGACUGUAGGCUCAACCAUCCCCCAGAUAUGCAGAUUCUAAGUCUGUUUUCAUCUUCACAAGCAGGAAAAGGUUCUGUUGAACUUUAAAAGCAAGGAGGUGAUGUUUUACUCAGCCUCUGGGGUUUUUCAGAUCUGGUGCAUCCUAGGCCUUGACUUCGUGGAGCUGGUAUUCUGGGUAAAUACUAAACCUUGUGCUAAUUCCCUUGUCAAAUUCCCACAGCUACGACUCUGCAGUAGACAGAAAACAGGGCCUAGUAAAGAAAGAAUACCUAAUCCAAGAGUGGUUAUCUGGAUUACCCUGAAGUGUACCAUGGGGGUAGACCGUGGGCAGUGAUUGGAAUGGCUCUGUCACCUAACUGAAGAGGGAACGUUUGCCCAGGUGCCUGGGGAACAUUCACUAGACUCUAAGAGGAUGGCUAGUAAGAGAGGACAAGCUGGAGGAAGGGACUUAGUGACUGAAGUAUGACAGUAUGGAAAGGGUGUUUGACGCCUGGGCUAGGGGCUCCCCUAUAGCCUGAGCCCUGCUCAGUGGCCUUCAGUUGUCCCUUAUGGCCGGCCUCCACUGAUUCACCACCUCAGCCCGCUAUGUCUGCUUGGAUCUCCUCCUCAGUGUUUUUAAACAAAGAGCUAUGAAUACAAGUUCUGUUCAUAAGUUUGUAAAAUAUAUGAUAGAACUUCUGAACUAGGUUUUUUUUUAAACAAAAAUGAUUUAUUUGUGUGUUUUAUGUAUAUGAGAAUUUUGUCUACAUGUUUGGCAGCACACCAGAAGAUGGCAUUGGAUUACUUACAGGCAGUUAUGAGCCAUCUUGUCAAUGCUGGGAAUUAAACUUCAGACGUCUGGAAGAUCCGCCAGUUUUCUUAGCUGCUGAGCCAUCUCUCCAGACCCCUGAACAAGAUUUUCAGUAACACACUUAAAACAUAGCUUUUUAAGAGCUGCGAAGUAGCUGAAUCAGCAAAGCCCUUGCCAAGCAAACAGGAGGACCCGAGUUUAGAUUUAGAUUCAUAGCAGCAAUGUGUCUACAGUCCUAGUGCUGGGUUGAUAGAUCCCUCGGGGUCCAUGUGCUGGCUUCAGGCAGUCAGUGUACCUUGUCUCAGAAUAAUAAGGUGGAGAGGGAGGGAAGGAGGGGUGGGUGCACCUAUGCAAGGGAGAAGGAGGAGAGAGAGGCACACAGAGAGACAGACAGCCCGAGAGACACCCCCCCCCCCCAGCUUCUUAAAAGCUUGGAGUGUAUCAAAAUGAACUAUGAAUCUGUUACUUAAGUGUAAAAAGUUGGUACCUGCUCAGGUGUGCUUGCUCAUAUGUGUAAUCAGUGCUUGGGAGGCAGGAGGACUGGAUUUAAGGUCAGCCUCCGAGGGUGACCAUUGCUACGUCUCAAAAACCAAAACAUAACACCCAGGUUCAUCUACUUCACAGGAGAGUUUUUUUUUUUUUAUUAAAAAAAAAAAACAAAACACUUAAUCAAACAGAGAAACAUCAUCCUGUAUACUCUUUCUAAUUUCCUCCAACCUCUCUUCUUUCUUAACUAAACUCAGCCCCCUCCCUCUUCCCGCACCUUCAAGUCUUUGUCACCUUGAGAAAAUAAACCAACUGAGAACUCCGUCCUCCUCUUGCCCCAGACAGAGUUGAAUUCAGCUGGUGGUCACUCAUUGUCUACCAAGAGUUCUUGCUGGUGCCCUCAACACUGACACAAGACAAGGCGGUCAGCAGACUGACCUAGUCAUUCGAGAUGACCCCAGAUGCAGGCCAUGAUCAUAUGGAGAGAUAUAAGAAGAGAGUGAGAUAGACUGGGAUGUAGCUCAUGGCUGAGGGCUUGCCUGGUGUGGUUGGCUCUCUAACUGCAUAAAAAGAAGAGAAAUAGGGAAGACACCAAGAAACAGUGCAUCAGAGCAGGAAGGAUGCUUUGGGCCACUUCCAGGAGACGCUCAAGAGGAGCCCAUGAAGAUGGCUGAAGGAUGACAGUAGAAAUCAUACAGUGAAGAGUUAUCUUGAUCAUGGCAGAGAGCUUAAGGUUCAAAUGGCUGAUUUCAUUCCUCCAAGUUCAAGAACGUCAUGGGGGCAUUGCUUAAGUGCAACCUGCAUACGGUUGUUGUUGUUGCUCCAGGGGAGGGAGACAUGCUGUGCUCCCUAGGCCGCACAUGAGGAGUAGGACUUGAACAGAACACAAGGUCCCAAGCCUUGAUGGGAACCUGCAUCCUCUUGGCCAUUUCUUGGGUUUGGGAAACCAUGUCACCUUCUUCCAGGUUCCAGUCUUCAGGUUCUUCGCCAUCAUGACAUGAUGACAUGAGUCCUAUGACCUCAUAGGUACUUUAGCUGAUGCAGGAAGGAAUCAGAGUCUCCACCAGGAAUGUGGCUGUGCGGGGCUGAGUGUGAACCCAGCACUAGAUCUGUUUGCCUUUCUGUUUUGAGCCAAGCCUAGAAGAUUUUGUAGGGUAAACGGAGGCAGCCCUAUUCUGAAUUGAGCGAUCUCUUGCUUGCUAAGAAGCCUCCAGUGUCUAUCAGAGAAUACUCUAGAAUAAAGUUGUAACCAAAAUUGUGCAGUAAAGACCAGAGCUCCUGAGCAGCAAGUCAUAGCAGGAGAAGAAGCCUAGAGGGUGGGCCAGUGGGAAACCAUCUUGUCUGAGCUGAGCUGCCUUUGUCCCUGCUUUAGCAAAGAGGAGCAAUAAGGGCUUACAAAAGCUUUGUGACCUGCAUGGGAUUGCAGAUCUGACCCUGAUUUUUAGUCUGUCUGGCGCCAAAGCCUAAGUUCCUCAUAGAAUGACUCAGAAGGGUUCUCAUCCAUGACUGAAGGUGGGGUGCAUGGGCUCCCCACAGCUGGCCUUUCUGUGAAGGAUAUGGCAAAGAUAGCUCUCACCCUAGAACUCAGAUGCCAGCCCCCAGACAAAAGGGCAGGAACAGGAAGGCAUCUUUCCCUCAACACCUAGCUCCCUGUCAGUAGCUGGCCUACAUCCUCCAUUCCUAGGACAGUCUGGAGGAUCACCUUCCUGGCUCCUCCUCUGUAGUUCUUUGUGAGAGCUGGAGGCCCACAUCAGAAAGAAAAGAACCGCUGUGGACAAUGACACAGUGCUAAACAUAGCUCUGUACAUUUGAAAGUGAACAAUGUGUAAAAGCCUUGAAAAUUUUUUCUUUGAUGUGAAUGGAGUCUUCGGCAUUUCGAAAUACAAUGCAAUGAAUUAAUUGCUACUCAUUAGGCAGCAAGUCAGGCCAGUGCUGAAUGUGCCUUCCCUCCUCCACAGCGGCUAUGGUCUGACCAGAGUCGCCCCUAUUGUAUUUGCUCCCGCCUUCUGCACUGAUAAGCAAAUUAGAGAUCAUGGCUAGAAAACAUUCAAGUGCCCCAUCGUUUCCCCAGACCACCUUGUGUUUUUGUGAUGUUUAUCUGCUCAAGAGUCACGGCUAAUUAUUGCAGAGGUCACGUGAAUCCACACUAUGCUUGAUUAGAAACAUCUGCAAAAGUAAUUCUCAGAGAAGUAUCUUUUGUGUUUUGUCCUUUUCUGCUGGGGAAAAAGUGUGGUUUUUCAUCAAAUUGCUGUUUUCCCUCCCUUCCAUUACAAUUUUAUGUUGCUGGGGAAAAUAUGUUUACAGGAAAAUAUUUAAUAGCUUAUGACAACUCUUUUACUCCAUGGUCUCUGUGACUAUACAUGUUUUUUCCUGUAGUGUUACUAAUAUUUCCAUAUGAAUUUCUGAGAUGAUAGUUCAUAAAUAAAUUGGCCUGUUAGAUGGUUUGUAUAUACACACCGUAUAAUCUCUGUAUUAGAACUUUACAGGCUCUCUCUAUGCUGUGUUUAGCAUGCUACUCAUUAAUGGAUGGCAGCCGGGAGACACUUCACAUGGGAGCAUACAUUCUCUCUAUGUUUAUUACCCUCAAAGUUUGUCUGUGGGCAAUGUGGAGAGAUGAGAUCAUUUGCAAGCCAAUGGGUGCUGGGAACGCAAUGAGCAAGGAGGGAUCAAUCUGUGCAGUAGCCAGAGGCUAGUUCAUACAGUCCUCCUCAGCCAUGUGCAUCCACAUUGCUGCCUUCCCAACAUGUAUAUUCCAUACAGGCAUUUCCCUCACACCACAUCCAUUGUGAUCAUGAAGGAGAGGCAGUCAGCAGAACAGAGCUCAGCUUCAUGAAACAUGAAAGCCCGUUUACUUGCUAACAGUUUGCAAAGUUCCAGGCCGAGGAGUUUAUGAGAGACUCAGCUGAACUGGACAGGGGCAGGGAUUCUAGGUGGCAUCAAUUGAAUGGUGAGGAAGAAAGUAGAUAAUGAGACUGCUAACCUAGAAUUUACCAGCGUCUUUGGGCAGUGUUUGCUAUUCUGGUGGAGUUCUGCAGGCCACAGGCUUGAGAGGAGCAGAGUAUGAACUUGUCCUAGGUUUUCCCCUGAGACUUUUUAUUCUUCUCCUGUUUUCCUGAACACGCACGCAUGCACACUCUCUCUGUCUCUCUCUAGACCUCUCUCUCUGUCUCUCUGUCUCUCUCUCUGUCUCUCUCUCUCUCUCUCUCUCUCUCUCUCACACACACACACACACACACACACACACACACGGAACAUAACUCAUUAUUGACUUCCUACAGUGUUUUAAGAUAAAACAGUUCUCUUACCCUUUGUAAAUCUCAUCCUCAUCUCAGAGACACUGAGAGAUGUAAAUACAUCUUAGAGUGAAAUUAAUUUGGUGUGUGAGUGUGGUUCACGUUUCUUGCCUGCACCAAGACUUACUAGGUCCAUCAGCCCCUCUCCUUUUUAAUAAGGGUGAGAGGAGCCAACAGAUAAAAGGCCAGAAUAUUAGUGACUCGGGCAGGCAAUUUACCCAGGUUUGACACUUAGGGUGAUAAUUUUUCUAAAGCCAGGCCCGGAUCUUGGGGCUGUAAACGACAGCCGAGAGAUCAUCUUUCUCAACUCCAGUCUAAGGUAAGAGGGUCUGAGGACAAGCUCUCUCCCUGUUUUUCACAGAACCCUGCCAGUGCUUAUUAUCUGUCUCCAGGGUUACUUCAGGAUUUUAGCCCCCUCACCCCCAGCCACACACAACAUAGCCCUCUUAAUUUUUACACGUAUAUUGUAGAUGAAGGGCUACUGCUGUGAAAUUCAACGAAUAGGUAGGAAUCGGGAGAGGACAUUUUAGUCCAUUUACAGAAAAUUGCCCAUUCACAGGCAGGUGGGUCAAGUGCAGGAGCCACUACUUGAGAUAAUAUUUCCGUCCCACACGUAGCUGCCUGUCCUGACAGACAGAAAGCCAAGAGGUGCCCAGGAUUGAAAAAACUAUUUGGUUGCUGCUGGUCGUUAGUUCAGUGGCCUUAUAGAAUACGAUGUGCUGGUUAUAAUGGAAUUCACUAGCCACCCUCACAGUUACAAAUGCACACAUCUAUAAUGAGACCAGAAGAUGUAAGCUAUGAAGGUGAAAUCCUUCGUAAGUGAAGAAAGUAAAAGGUGUCAUGUGACUUGCCCUAGGAAGGGAAGAAGCCAGGCACUUGACUUCCCAACUGUGUGUGCUUGGCUUCUGGAAAGCACGGGGUGCUAAAGAAAUCACAGAAGACAAUAGCUCUGCUCUCCUGCCUUUGGACUUUGUUUUUAUUUAUGCACCUUCUAGACAGAGUGGCCAGUAGCCAUUAAAUAGGUGAAUUAGAUCAUGUUCUGAGGCUCUGAGAGUUAGGCAACAAAGAGAGUCGAGGUCUCCUGCACACUCAGCCGGCCCCCGCCCUCACCGACUUCCUCAGUGUGGCUGGCGAGAUGGCUCAGCAGGUAAAGAAAAAGGCACUGGCUCCCAGGCCUGAUCUGGGUUCAAUCGGGCUCUCCCAGGGAGAGAACCAGCUCCUACAAGCUGUUCUGACUCCGUAUGCAGGUAAAUAUAUACCUAGUAAAUGCUUUACAAAAAUUUUAAGGAAAACUAUCAAUCCUUCAUGGACAUUUUGAAGAACCUUUGAACAUACCUGGCAACGAGAAAUGUUUCCAGCAGGUCCCAUGUCAGUAGGUCUUAGAGGUUUAAGGUGCUCAUUCUUCUCCCUACCUGGGCUAUGGUUUCUCACUAAAAUGCACCAACCAUAUUCCACACUGGUGAGACAGAACCACCUCUCAUAAGCACCUAAUAAACACAAGAACUCCUAGGUCUCUGAGAGGCUGCAUGGCUUUCUCAUGAGACAAUUUUGUAGUUCUUCAGAAUUCACAACAGCCAGGCAGGAUAAAAGUCUGGGCUUCUCUUUUCCAAACCACCCCAUUCUGGGGCCAGCCGGAAGAAGAUGUGAUGCCUGGGGAAGGCACCCAUGGCCAUUCCUCUGCCAUUACCUCAGUCACAGCAAAUUACCCCAGAGAGCUUUUAUAACCUCUCACUAGGGGUUAAGUGGCUUCAGGGCUGAAGUCCAACGUGAUGGGUUCAAAGCAAACUUAGCCAGUGUGUAUUGGUGUCAGGCCUUCUUUACUGUGUAGAGCAGAGCCAUGCUCACUGCCCUUCCAUUCCUGCUAAGGGGGUGGGUGGGGCCAGCUGAAGCCACAGGGCUUUCAAAGUGAGCGAACUGGCACUGACACCUGUGUGUGCUCCCCUAAGUAAGCUCUGCUUUAGGAUACUAUGAUACUUCCAGCCUAUAAUAAAAAAAUUCCAUCUCUGUGUGUGUGUGUGUGCGUGUGUGUAAUUUUAAAUUUUAAAUUUUAAUUGCCUCAGCUUCAGUCAGACAGGCUUCAGGUUAGAGGUUUUACUGGGUAGCUAAUAAGGCCUGGCUUAAAGAGUGCCUGCUAGUGAGGAGAUAUGAAACAACAUUUCUAACCACACUAGGCCAUUCUAGCAGGGACCAGCAAACAAGCAUCCCCAGGUCUUCACUGUGUCCUUGAUGCAGAAAGUGCCAUAGCCUGUCAGACAGCCCCAGUAGGCAGGGACAGCCUGGAGAGCGGACUCACUAGCUUUCAGAUACAAAGUGCAGAAAUGUAAAAGUGCACGUUUAGCUCCUCCUCCUUCUCCUCCUACUCCCCCUUCUCAUUCUUCCCUCUCAAAAAUAUUCUGUAAUAGAAUAUUUUUAUUCUUUGAGAAUCUGUCCCUUGACUUUAAAAACGUUUCAUGGUGUUCCUGGUAUGCUGGGGCAACGUGCUGUCCACACUUUGGAGAAGCGAAUGUAUCCUUGCCAGAAGCUUCCAGAAUUGUUUUCUAGUCUGAUUCCUUUUUCAAGCUUCUCUUGACCUUCCCUUUGGCAGCUCGGCUUGUUUGUUCCUCACCUUUGGUUAGCUCUGCAAACAUGGUAGCUGCCUCCUGGCUGGCAUUUCUGUUGUGUCUCAGCCACUGUUGUGUCCUCACCCGUAGACUCUUGAGUGGCAGCUUGGCGGGAGGCACCACAGUCUUUGUUGCUGUGACUACUUUGUUCCUGCUCCAGUGACCUCUGGGUUCUGAGUUUAGACCCCUCAGUUCUGCAUGCUCCCGUGGGUCCUGCCACACACAAGGCCUGACCAUUGCUCCAUCCAUAAUGGGGACACCACAUAGCCCCACAUCCAGGGAGUUGGGUGGUCAGUUCUGUGAGUGUUGGCUGUUAGGUAGCAUCUGGAUAGCUUAGUCCUAAAGUAUAAGAAUCGACACAUUCGCAUAUGCAUUUUUAUACACAUGAAUGUUGUGAUACAUGCUUUUUUUUAACUGAAGAAGAAAAGUAACCCUGCCUUUGUAUGUGAUCCUUUUAACAAACUGUUUAUUAUUGUAUCCAGGUAACAAGCAUGGAUCAGACUGCCAAGGACAAGGCCCUGCAGCACAUGGCUGCCAUGUCAUCAGCCCAGAUCGUCUCAGCUACCGCCAUCCACAACAAGCUGGGACUGCCUGGGAUUCCCCGCCCCACCUUCCCAGGGGGCCCGGGGUUCUGGCCUGGGAUGAUACAGACAGGACAGCCAGGAUCCUCACAAGACGUCAAGCCCUUUGUGCAGCAGGCCUACCCCAUCCAGCCAGCAGUCACAGCCCCCAUUCCAGGGUUUGAGCCUGCAUCAGCCCCAGCUCCCUCAGUUCCUGCCUGGCAGGGCCGAUCCAUUGGCACAACCAAGCUUCGCCUGGUGGAAUUCUCAGCUUUCCUUGAGCAGCAGAGAGACCCAGACUCGUACAACAAACACCUCUUCGUGCACAUCGGGCAUGCCAACCAUUCUUACAGCGACCCGUUGCUCGAAUCCGUGGACAUUCGUCAGAUAUAUGACAAAUUUCCUGAAAAGAAAGGUGGCUUGAAAGAACUGUUUGGAAAGGGCCCUCAAAACGCCUUCUUCCUUGUCAAAUUCUGGGCGGACUUAAACUGCAAUAUCCAAGAUGACGCCGGGGCCUUUUAUGGUGUGAGCAGUCAAUACGAGAGUUCUGAAAACAUGACAGUUACCUGUUCCACCAAAGUGUGCUCCUUUGGGAAACAAGUAGUAGAAAAAGUAGAGACGGAGUAUGCGAGGUUCGAGAAUGGCCGAUUCGUGUACCGAAUAAACCGCUCACCAAUGUGUGAAUAUAUGAUCAACUUCAUCCACAAGCUUAAACACCUACCAGAGAAAUAUAUGAUGAACAGCGUUUUGGAAAACUUCACCAUUUUAUUGGUGGUAACAAACAGGGAUACACAAGAGACUCUGCUCUGCAUGGCCUGUGUGUUUGAAGUAUCGAAUAGUGAGCAUGGAGCACAGCAUCACAUCUACAGGCUUGUAAAGGACUGAACCGGUUAUUUAUAUAGAGAGAUAUCUGUAUAUACACACACAUAUGUGCACACACACACUCUCCAUUAUCGAACGACUGACUGUAAACCUCACCACACAGGGUGCUACCCUGGCCCUCCCCCGGGUCCCACCCUGACCUUUCUAAAUCCUGUUCGAGUGAACUUAUUUUUUUCCAUGUGUUCAUGCUAUCACUGUAGCUGUGAAGUUGUGAUGCAGUUUUUUGUGUAUUCCUCAGAUCUGCAAACCACAAUCCCUUGGGGAAGGUGAAUCUUACCAGCCUAAGCUAAGCCUCUCUGCAGACCUGUUUCAUGUUGUGGUAGAAAAUACUGAGGCAGAGGAUUGGCCGUGGGGCAUUGACUGCCUUUAUACAAAUGUAUUUAGUUCUUUUCGUGUUUUUCCAACAUAAAAUUCUUGUUUUAAGAUACAAGUAAAAUUAAUCUUUAAAUAUAAAUGUAAAUUAGUACAGGAAAACUAAGAUUCUUUAGACUUAUCUUUGUAACUAAUUAGGGUGGAAGUUAUGGAAGAAUGUAAUUCACUAAAUUAUUUUUUAAAUGAAAUCUUUCUUUCUUUUUAAAACCAAAUGUUAAACUAUAGCCUUAAGACAUACUUGGUUGAAAUAUCCUAAUGAGACAAAUUUGUACCUUCCCCCAACCCCCAAGGUUAAAACUAAUACCCUAAUUCAUUAAACUCUUGAAACAGGUGUUACAAAGGAGGAAAACAUCACCCCUUUUCCUUAACAUAUAUAGUCUAUUUAAAAGUGUAAGAUUGUAUUGUACUAAUGUGAUGAUUCAUUAUUUAAUGAGAAGGACGAGAUGGCUCUUUUUGCAAUAAGUAGAUAACACUGCAACAAGUCUAGGCUUACGAUGUUACAGUCUCGUGUGUGCAGUCACAUUAUAUGGUCAACCGCAUUUUUUAUCGAGACAAGUUCACAUUUGAACCACUGAAAUUUAAUAGCAAAAUUUAAAAUUGGCAUGAAUACUGCACUGUGAGUUGCAAAGGUUGCAGAAUCCUGUGGCUGGAAGAAAAUUGUCAUCAACCGAGCAAGCAGAAGGCUCUUCAGGCUUGGUGUCUCUGCUCCCCGGAAUGGCACUGUCACAAGCCUCUUCCCCAGCCUGUGAAUAGGAUGUUGCUGGUAACCCAGUGUGCAUGGCGGCCCUUGUGACUAUAGCUGUGUGUUCACACACAUGUGCAUAUUCAGCUCUCUGAGCUCCUGUUUCUUGUCAGUUUGCUCAUCGCCUCUCUUGGUCUGCAUUAUAGACGUGGAUAUAUAUUCUCUAAGGGCAUCUGUCCAUAAGCCUCAGUGGCUCGCUCGCCUGAUCUCUCUCUCUCUCUCUCUCUCUCUCUCUCUCUCUCUCUCUCUCUCUCUCUCUCUCUCUCUCAUUUUGAAGCAGAUUCCCCCAUUCUCUUAUCAGGAGAAUCUUCCAAAGCAUUGCCCAGCAGAGUUGGUCUGAUGUGGCCAGCCUCGGGUUACUUCCCUAAGUGCUUCUUCACUGGGGAAGCAAGAAAGGUUACCCUCCACUUCCCAGGGAAGGUAAGAGGAAAGUAAGGGUCUCUUUACACACUCACACGUGUGAGCACUGCUAGGAGUAUGUAAACACAUUAGAACAUGGUACAAACUUUUUACCUUAAGAAAAUAAAAAUCAUGGCUUGUUUUUUGCACUAAGGCUAUAAAAUAGAAUCCCACACCUGCUCUAUCCAGGACACACACACGCCUUUGUCCCUGCAUCGGCUCUGAUUGCUUACAUCACAUUUGGCAGCUUUUGGUCAUCAGUGGGUGGGUGUGGCUGGCAUGUAGUUAAAGGAGCCACAUGGAUUGACUCUGUCUCCUCCCAGCAGCAUCCCUCAUCCCUGGGAAGACCAGAGAAGAUUUUGCCAUUCGCAAUGUGCCUCCCUUAUGUAAGCCAGCGGGGCACCUUUUCUCCUCAGGAGAACUGCCUAGGUUCUGUUUCUAAGCCAGCCCUCAAAGGAAUGGCUACCCUGAGUUUCUCCCCUUUAUCUGUCUACAGACCAGGUGUUUAAAGAUGUCUUCUGGAUGUGACAUUAAUCUUUGGACAAUCCUCUUAGGGAGGUUUCUUUAGCUUUGAUUUCCUAUGUCCUUCCUCAGGGGGAACCCCCAAUGUCUCUCGACCAGGAAGAUAGGAAUCAGUGGGUACAAAUGAUCUUCUAUGGCUAUAGGUCAUCCCAGAAUGUGAUGGGGAGAGGUCUGCUGCUCAGGAGAGGAGCUGCUUCUCCGUACCAGCUAGAGGACAGUGGUUGGCAGUGGGAGAGUAAGACUUCACAGAGCCAGGGUGGCCUCACUGUCUGGUCCUCCUCCUAACAACUUUUGGAGCCGUAGGAGGUGGGGGUGUGGAUGACCUGACUUACUUUUUGCUUUUAAAGCAGCUAUAAAGUUCUUUAAUGUAUAUUCACCCCCACACUCCCUCCCUACCUUCUUAUUUUGCACCCUACCCAUAUCUCCACCCCUCCCAACUUCUCUGUCUUUCUUGCUUUUAAAAAGAAAAUAACCUUACUCUUAGUUAGAGUUAUAUUGCUAUGAUGUUAAUAGUGCCCAAAGCCAGUUGCAGGAUAAAGUGGGUUCACGUUUCCACAUCCUAGUCCAUCACUGAAGGAAAUUGGGGCAGGAACCUCAGACCACAGGUUCAUUCCGAGGCCAUGAAGGAGGGCUUGCUCCUCACGGCUUGCUCAGCCUGCUUUCUAAUAGAAUCCAGGACCAUCAGCAGCAUCAGCUCAUCGAUGGCACUGUGCACAGUGGGCUCUCACCCCGCCCCCCAUUGCUGCUUUAAUAAAAAGCCCUGCGCCUUGCCUACAGCCAUUUCUUAGGGAGAGAUUUUCUCAAUUGAGGUUCCCUUUUCUCAGAUGACUAUAGCUUAUGUUGACGUAAAACUUGCCAGCACACCAACCAUGGCCAAUUUAUGCUGCACAUAUACUCAUGGGUGACAGGACUUCCAUUGGAACACAGUCAAGCCUGCCAGGAACCACAUUCUUUGAGCUCUCUUCCCCCAGAACCAUCAACUGUCAGUAGUUCCUCAGCCUUGGAAUGUUGAUCAGCUUGCUUUCAUGGUCGCUAGAGUUUAUGAAUACAAUGGCCCUGUCCCAUCCAGAAGACACUGUUUUGCUCCAUACACCCCACCCCACCCCACCUCCUGUUCUUAGCUCUCUGCUCUGUCUUCAGCGCUGGUAGCUAUAUCUGUAAGUCUUCUAGAGUUUCCCUGUCUAAUCAGUGGCCCAGUCAUCCCAAAGUUGCUUUAUUUCCUAGGUGGAAGGCUGGGUUUGGGGUGAGAGGUUGUGUUCUAACCUCUAAUCCCAGGCUCUAAUCUGCCCUCUUUACAGCUUCCUAAAGCUUAUGGACGCCAUUGCUGAGCCCUGCCCUCACCUUCCCCACCCCAGUCCUGUCUCACAGUGACUGGGACAGAUCUGUCAUGGACAUAAUGUCUUCAUCUUGUUAGCCACUUUCCAAUGAAAGAGACAUGAAGUCAACCCAAGCUUCUUCAGAACAUGUCCUAGGACCCCCCCCCCCCCCUCCCAGAGUCCACCUAACUGGAGGCCAGGGACAUUUUGGACCAGGUAAUUGGCCAUGCCCUGUGUGUGGUUAAGAGGAUAUAGAAUUUCUGGCUACUUCCGAGUCUUCACAGCUCAUUGCCCUGGGUCGUGCAAGGUUCAUCCUCAGUUGAAAAUGGCUGCCCGUUCUCUUUCUGGUCACAUUAGCAUGUUGAAAACCAGUUUUUCUCGGAUCUAUGAAAUCUUUCCUAUUACGUGACACCCCACCCCCCACCCCUUUAAGUUAGGAAGAAGCAAGUAGCCACAUUACUCCAUCUGCAUUCUUCUGUUAGAGGCUUACCCUGCACAGCCACCACCUCUUCCUGCCACUCUUUCUCUCCUGUCUGGGACAGCUGGGGACAACUAGCCAGCACCCUCCCUGCAGCCAUCUGACAUUUAAAGAGCAUUCCUGAUUUGGCUUAGAGCCUACCCUUUCCCAGGGCUUAAAAAGAGAAAAUCCCUUCCCCGAAUUGGUUCUUUCUCCUGACCCGGCCGGUCUCCUCCUCAUCCUUUCCCGACUGGUUCUAUCUUCCUCUCCCCCGCUUGUGCUGUCUGCCUCAUGCUCCGUGCCCUCUGUUGCAGCUCCUCCCUCUUUAUGGGCGGAGCAUGUCUGGCUCUGUUCCAGAAGGUGCCCCUACUCAAGCUAAAAGAGUGCACAGUCCAUCCCCCUUCAUCUUGAAGGGCCGACAGGCGCCUGGUCCAAAGACUCCCAGCUAAUUGGUCACAGGACAAGGGGGAAGGCUUCUCCUUCAUCUUUGGCCUCUCCUGGGUGGAAGCCAUCUUUCCUUGGUGCUCUGUGCUUAAGUGACCCCUGAGAAUGGACGGACAGGGGCAUUUCAGACAUCCUGUAGCUGUCUGGGGACCACAAGCAGAUGGCGAAGCUGAUACUCCUUUUGUUUCCUCAGAAGACAGUUCUCCAGCCACAGGCUUUGAGUCAAAUCUCUUUUUAUCACACAUCCCAGCAGCAAAGUCCUGCCCACACACCAGCCAAAAGAGAACCCUUGGUGUUAAAAUUCUUUAGGGGACUUUUAGAUCCAGAUCUUCAUUAGGCUUCAAUACCACGGUGGCAUUAGCCUUCCUUUUUAUACAACCAUAUAUUAUUGAAGUCACACGAUGGUCAGUUUUACAAACCAGGUACCUGUAAUUUGUAUAAUUUUGUAUGUGCUCUGGCGUACCACGCCUGUCCUAAGGAAGGGUAGAAUACCUGUUGGUGUCCUCAGCUGUGACAUUAGGAGGAUGCUUGAAUUGCUGGCUUCUAUGUUGAUGUUUCUGUGGCUAAGCCCUGCACGUGUCAUUUCUGAAAAGCCUUAAACCUUGGAGAAGCCGCGUCGCAGGGUGCCGGUGUGGCAGGCUGCCUGGGAACCGUGAGCCCUUUUGUAAGCUGGAAGCGUUUCUCUGACUACGGUUACUCUUCAUAGUUUUCAGUUCACCGCUGCCAAAGCCUCCCAGUAAAGCAGUGCCUUAGUAAUACCUUGUAGCCGCCAGCCUUUACUCAGCCUGUUCUGGGUGUCCACUUGCUAAUUGGCCCCGUAUCAGAAGCAGGACAAGCCAAAAUCGUUCCCAUUUGUUUUUUCAAAAACGCCCGUUUUUUAAAUCCAGCUCUAUAGGAAGCGGAUGACUUGGUUUCAAACAACCUGAAUCAGAACCCAAGCCCGCCCUUUGACCUUGCUCUCACGUACACAUCCAUACCAAAACUAAAGGCGGCAGCUCGCUCCGCAGCUCACCCUGAAGAGCAUUGUCCUUUUCAUCGAUGCCUUUUUCAGUCCAUGACCAAAUACUUAGCUAUUUGCGAAUCUUCUGCACUCCAGCUUGAAAGUGCCUUUGGCUCGAGAUUCCAGCUUAGAAAGUGCCACCAUGAUAACGACAAUUUGUAGAGAGACCAAAAAUAUUUCGAGAUCACCAUAAUGCCUUUGGUUAACCGGGAUGGAUAACCAACUGCAGGCUUGUAUUCAUGAGAGCGCCGUGUGGUCCCUGCCUGCUGUGAGUCCCUGCCGUGUGGUCCCUGCCUGCUAGCGGGGAACCCUGCCACCACUGUCCUAUACAGCACAGCGUGGCAGCCGGGAGCCCUGCGAACUGUUGUGUCUGUGUGUGCCACCUCUCCCCGGCUUGUCCACCAACUCAUCGCCCAGCUCUGCAUCCCUGGGAAGGAAUCUGCGCACAAGCACCCGAAUCCCGGCCAGUGGGCGAACACCAUGGCUCUGCCUUCCCCCUGUGUCCAUGUCCAGACUGUGGAGACUCCCGUCCACCUGAAGGACAGUGCGCACUUGCCUGCCUACACGUUUGGUUGUUGGAAGCCUCGAAUUGAGAUGACAGUGCAGAACAAAAAUUAAAAAUGGGUUCAUUGCGUCAUUGCAGUGUCUUUGGGCAGUUUUGCUGGCUCCGGAUGUCCGAAUGUGCUGUGAGAGACUUUGGAAGAGCACACCAUUUGCAACUCGGCAUUUUCAAGGAUGUUCUAGUCCUCAGCCAACUCUGUGAAGUGUGUGUCAGCUUAGAGUAAAACCUUUCUGCACCUGGAAACCCCAUACAGUAAGGAAAAAGAACAAAGGAGGCAAAAAGAAGCCAGGAAAAAAAAAUAGGUGUUUUGUUUUUUUUCUUCCUUUGCUGAUCUAAGUUUAAAAGUAAUGACAGACAACUUUGAAAGUUAGCCUCAAAACUCUACCCCAUACUUUCUCUCGGUCUCUUCUGGUGUCUGAGGAAUAGCCACUCUGGGCCCUGAAGCUGCCCAAGUGGUUUGUAUCCACCCCAAGUUGUGAGUAUGUAUAAAAGUCCAGUUUUGGGUUUUUGUUGUUGUUGUUUUUGUUUGUUUGUUUUAAAGAAAAACAACUAUCAAAUGAAAAGGACAAUUUCUCAGCACAGGUUAGAGUUAGUAGUUUGCUGUCUUGUACUCCUCCCUGGCAGGGACACACCACAACUUGAAGAACUUAGUCAAAUGCGUGUUCUCUUGUGCCUCUUUCUAGCCAUUGCUGUCUUGUUUGCGGUAGUUUUCUCUCCUCAACUCUUCGCUUAUAUCUUUUAAAAAUGAAGGUUCUGUGUUUUAAAUUUACUGUGUUGCAAAGGGUAGGCCUCACUGAAGUCAUGCACCAUUAACUAAGAUGAGAUAUUUGUAUUUAUUGUUCCUUCCUAAGCCGUAAGUUGUUUUCUCUGUGAAUCUGCAUUGGGUCCUGUGCCCCACACUACAUCAUUUUAGAUAAAAGCAGCAUUUGUGUGUGUCUCCCGCCCUCAUUCAUUCACGGCCAUGGGGUCAGGUCCCACUAGACUCCAGCUUUGCUCAGUCUGACCCUCGUCGUUUUUACCACGGGCAUUCUCUCUCUUCUCUCUCUAAGAGAGGCAGGCAGAACCCACACAUCCAUCAUGUUAGAAAACCUGUCUGAGUUUUGUGUUUUUAUUUUUCAAAUUAAUUGUUUUCUGUGAUUAGUUUCAAUGUGUAAAGUAGAUUAUUAACUGCACUUCUUUAAAAAAAAAAAAAAAAAGGAUGUACGUCUCCCGUUACCUCCUUGGAAGAUCAACUUCUCUAGACCUUUUUCAGUGGGCUUAUGACUUCAGACAAGGAAAAAAAACAGUAAAAACAAAAAAAGUACGUGCCUGAAAAAUGACAAAAAAAAAAAAAUUCUUUUUGUAACAUUUAAAAAACCUGAAAAGCCUUUACUUCUUUGAUACGCUCAAAUUUUAUGUAAAUUGGUUUUUGCCACGUGUGUGUUUCUUCAUAUUCUAAGUGACUUCAUGGCUUCUCUGUUGUCUCUCGUGUAAAGUGUAUAGGAUGGGCUUGUGGCAUAAGCAUUUCAUCUGGUCAGUGGCUCUUUUGAUGCUGUACUGCUGCUGGGACUGGGCCAGAGCCUGAACCUUUGGGUGACUGGGUUCCUCUUGGGGGAGAUUGGAGAGAAGAGGGUGAGGUGGCUCAUCCAGGGUUUCUUAAACUGUUCGCAGAAACUUCAAAAGGCAUCGGCUAAACCUCCCAGCAGUACAGUAUUCUUGUAUUCGUUAACGUUUGUGUUUAGGUACUGGUACCUUUUUGUUUAAGAAAAUGUUCUAAGUGUUGGCUUUAAAGUGAAUUUAUCUUUAGUAUGAUAGUUAUAUGAAAAUUAUAGGGUUUGUGUGCAGAGAAUUUUUUUAUAAAGUGCUUUGUAAAAAAAACAAAACAAAACAAAUGUAUUCUAGCUUUGGCGGUACAUAUGUGUGAUAACUUUAAUACCCAUGACAGUUUAAGUGCAAUUAUUUCAUCGCUCUAAAAAUGCUAUUUUUGUGUCAGUUCCUGCAGGUGUUUUCAUGUCUUUGCAAAGUGACACAUUUUGAUGCCUUCUUGAUAAAGUGGUAGACAUUUUGUAGCUUUCUAGAAACUUUGUAUCCAUACGGUAUCAAUGAAAAAAUAAAGAAAAUAAAAGUGUGGGUCA